AUGCCUCCACCGAUGGCAGCCUUCAGAGAAUCGACCGAGUUGUGGGCGGGCUUAUUGGUCAUGGACUCGUUCACGCCCCAGAUUAAAAGUUAUUGCAGUCGGGUGAGGAGGACGCCAAAAUCCGGGCUUCACCACUCUCCUCAGCACCACCUGGUAGAUCUCAGCGGUGAUUCUCAGGCCCUUUUGAAAGAAGAACGGAAGCAUGACGUCCCCCUCGCUGGAGAUGUCGCCAAGGACCAUGGCAGAAGAAAACUCCGUAUGCUUCACGGCGGGAACCUCAUCCAUGUCUUUGCAGAUCGACCUAUCGUUCUUCCUGUCGUCUGGUACUGGAUGAUAUUCUUUUCAUUAGAGAAGAACCUCAGCAUCCCGGCGGACCCGUGCUUGAGCUCGUUCAGCAAAACCGCCGCCUUGACCUCCCUCGACAACUUGCAGGCAUUCGUAAUGAGCAUGCGCAGAUCGUCGACUUGUGACAGCCCAUGUCAGCGGCGAUCUUGGCGGAGCUCCGGCUUCUGUCUCCUUGACGGCGGCGACGAUCUCGUCGGUCUUAACAGAACGAACGUAGUGGGCCUUUCGUUUGGCAGUAAACUCGUCCAUGUGCUCACACGCCUUCCACUUCCUCCAAAUGUCCAUGACCAUGGUCCUCUUGAACCCAAACAAGGCCAUCACUUCCGCAGGCUACUUCCCGGCGCGAAAAGCUACUACCGCUGCUCUGCGUUCAUAUUCAAUCCUGGAGUUGGAUAG